UGAAUUUAUAUAUGAACAUUUCACUUUUGUAAUGGUAAGAAUUUCCUAAAACAGUUGAUUUUUUUUAUUAUGUUUUUGACUAAAAUUUUCACUGCCGUUUUUUCUGGACUGAGGAGGCGUUCUCUCGCUGGCGCCGAUGGUUGAUUCAACGCCUCCGCUGCGAAUCCCUUCUUCAUGUUCAACACCGGCGGUUGAUGUUCGAUCUCAACCUUCGCCAUCGGAAACCGCUUGACGACAAGUGCCUUCGAACAUGAAUUCUACUUCUUCGCCACAGAUGACAGGAGUUCCACAGAAUGGGGUGGUCUUUUUUGGGAAAGUUUGCUAUGUGGGUAGUGAUAGUUUUGGCUCAGGUCAAUAGACACUCUGGUGGUUGCUUGGAAGGGGAGAGCAGGGGUCUAUUGGAAUUCAAGGACUUUCUCAAAUCCAAUGGUGCUGAUGCAGACCAUCUUCUCCCUACCUGGGUUGAGAAACCAGAUCAUCACAGUGAGUGCUGUGAUUGGGAGAGAGUCACGUGUGAUCGCACCACGGGGCACGCGACAGAGCUCUUUUUUGCAUAAUGUAAAGAUGUAUUAUAUGAAGAUUUCAGAAUUUGGUUUAUAAAUGCUUCCCUCUUCCUUCCUUUCAAAGAGCUUCAAAGCCUCACUUUGUCUUCCAAUUCCUUCAGUGGUUGGACUGACAAUGAAGGUUUUGAAAAGCUGUCGACUUUGAGAAAAUUGGAGACUCUAAAUCUUGAAUGGAAGGAAUUUGAUGAUAGCAUUCUGCCAUCUUUGAGUGCACUUAGAUCCCUUACGAUGCUUAAUCUCCGUGCAAAUAAAAUUGAGGGAUUAUUUCCACCUCAUGGGAACUUCAAUUGUGUCUGAAAAUUCAUGAGUGUUUCUUAUUUGUACAGGGAGUUCAGAACUGUUAAUCAUAAUUAAAAUUACAUAAUUAUUUUUACUAAUCUUGUUAUUACGAUGUUGUAAACUCAUCACUUUGUUGUUUCUUUGUGCAGAAUUAGCUUAUUUUGGGAACCUGGAAAGGUUGGAUCUAAGUUAUAAUCAAUUUAAUGACAUCCAAGAUUCUAAACUACUGUCUAAUUUGAGCAAGAUGAGGCAUCUGAAUCUAAGUAAUAAUAAUUUUGACAAGGAUGCCUUCCGGAUUUUGGGUGCUCUCCCAUCCCUAGUUUCUAUCCUUGGAGUCCAAUAGAAUCGAAGGACCACUUUCUAACCAAGAAUUGACCUAUAAUCUUAACAAUCUAGAAGUCCUCCUCCUCAGAGGAAAUCAGCUCAAUGGAACGCUACCAAUGGAAGGUUUGACAUCCUUCCGACAUCUGGAGAUCUUAGAUUUGAGUAGGAAUAAUUUCUUAGUAAGUAUUCCUCCAUCCAUAGGAGCAUUAUCUUCUCUGAAAGCUCUAUCUCUGGCUCAAAAUAACCUUAAUGGUUCUUUACCAAUUCAAGGUUUGUGCAAACUGAAGAAACUUGAAGAGUUAGAUCUCAGCUAUAACCUCUUUGAAGGGAUCCUUCCUCCAUGCCUAAGCAAUAUGAGAUCUCUCAAGUUUUUUGAUAUUUCUCUAAACCAAUUCACAAGAAACGUUUCUCCAUCUCUGUUUGGAAGCCUCAACUCCCUCGAGUACAUUGGUCUUGGUCAUAAUCGUUUCGAGGGUUUAUUCUCAUUCAGCUCAUUUGCAAUCCAUUCAAACCUUAAGGUGGUUGAAUUGAUAAGUGACAAUAACAAAUCUGAGGCAGAGACUGAAUUGACAGAUUGGAUUCCCAUCUUUCAGUUGAAAGUCCUUCUAUCAAACUGCAAUCUGAACAAACUCUCUAACAAUGUUCCGAAAUUUCUCCUUUACCAAAACAAGCUAAUGUUUGUUGGUCUCUCCCACAAUAACUUGAGAAGGUCUUUCCCAAACUGGCUACUGGUGAACAACACGAGACUAGAAAUUUUAUUCCUGCGGAAUAACUCUUUUGUUAAUCCAUUUUCUCUGCCACAAUACUGCUAUAUAAGUACUAGUGGAAUUGACGUCUCUGACAAUCGCUUAAGUGAGCAAAUUCAAGCCAAUAUUAGGGAUAUGUUUCCAUAUAUUCAGUACUUAAACUUAUCCAGUAAUGCUUUUGAAGGUGGUAUCCCAUCCUCAUUUUGUAAGAUGAGUAAGUUGUCUGUUCUGGAUUUAUCCACUAAUAAUUUUUCAAGGGAGGUGCCGAACCAGUUAGUUAGAAAUUGCAGGUUUUUAUGGAUUUUAAAAUUAUCAAAUAAGAAUUUUCGUGGUCAAAUCUUUUCAGUUGACUUCAACUUGGCUAAUAUAGAGACUCUGCAAUUGAAUGAUAAUCAAUUUACAAGACCUCUGACAAAUGUGCUCUCCAAAUUACCUAAAUUGAAUUUCCUUGAUAUUAGCUUUUUCACCACACCAGAACCUUCGUCUCCUCCGGACGAUUCCAACGCCACCAAUCUUCUGAGUCAUCUUCACCGUAUGCGCCAAGAAAACACUCAGACCAUUAAUGAUUUCCUCUCCCAAAUGUAUUAUGUUUGGGAUCAACUCGCUCUUUCUGAGCCUCCAUGGCCUCAUACUGAGGAUGCUGCCUUGUUUACUACCUACCGUGACCAACAGCGCUUGGUUCAGUUUCUUAUGGCUCUCACUCCUCGUUUUGAGCCCGUCCGCGCAUCUCUCCUACGUCGCACUCCUUUACCCACUCUUGAGCAAGCCGUUUCUGAACUCCUGUCCGAGGAAACCAGGUUUGGUACUCUCCAUCCACACCCUGUGGACUCUGUUCUUGCUACUCCCCAGAUUCGGAGUUCUCCUUCACCACAGCCGUCCACUACCUGCAACUAUUGUCACAACCGCAAUCUUCUAUCGACUCAUCUUCUGCUUCAUUGUCCCGUUCGUCUUUGUCGAUUUUGCAACAAGACUAGCCCCGGUCAUCUCCAACAAGAUUGCUUCCGCAAUCCUACCCGUGCCUCUCGCCAUGGUCCUUCCACCGGGAAUCUUUCCCGCAGCAACUCUCACCGUUCUGGGACUCCAUUUAAAAACAUGCCUGCUCCACGCACUGCUGCUGCCGCCUCCGAAGAUUCACCUUCUUCUGUCCCUGUAGAUCCUUCCACUCCGGUCUUCUCUCAUACCGAUGUUGAAGCCAUGUUUCAACAUUUUUGGCAGCAUUCCGGUACUCCUCCAUCUACUGCUUUGUCUACCACCGCAGUUUCGGGAUCAAUACAUCCUUCUUGCUCAAACCCAAACCUGCAACACUUGAAGCAUAUGCAUUUGCAAGGUAACAAGUUUACAGGGCCAAUGUCAAGAGCUCUCCUUAAUUCGUCAUAUCUUUUGACGCUGGAUAUUAGAGACAACAUCUUUUUUGGCAGCAUUCCUGAUUCCAUUAGAUUACUUUCCAACCUUAGAAUUCUUCUGUUCAGAGGGAACCAACUAAGCGGUUCAAUUCCAAUUCAAUUGUGUCAACUAAAUCAGAUAAAUUUGAUGGAUCUUUCCAAUAACUAUUUCAAUGGUUCUAUACCUCCUUGUUUCAGUACUAUCACCUUUGGCACGAUAGAGGCUAGUGAUCAACCCUUCAUGCAAGAACCAUUAUGUAACUUUGGUGGGUUUACAACUUACCGAUAUAGAGGCAUAAUUGAGAACAAAGUUGUGCCCCUUGAUGAAGUUAUGUAUGAUGAAGUAGACAAAGUUGAGUUUGUCACAAAAAGUAGGAGUAACUCUUACAAGGGCAACUGUGAAAAUAUAUUGUAUAAGGGCCAUUGGAAGUACUACUGUCCCAAGAAGGGACGUCAACCUACCUCAUUUUUUCAGCAAUCUCAGAACCACUUCCGGACUCCUCCCACUGCGUAUGUUGCAUCUGCUCUGACUCCUGAUCUUGACUUGGCUUCCUUGACUGCUCAGAUUAGUCAACUUCAGCAUAUAUUGUCUACCUCUCAGCCAUCUUCAUCUGCUUCCGUUGGUUCAUCUCUUCAUUCAGGUUUGCUUGGGUCUUCUUCAGGUAUCCCUUCGUUUGUCUGGCUUUUUGACUCUGGUGCCUCUCAUCAUAUGACUCCCCAUCUCUCCUUACUUCACAAUUGUACUCCUCAUCCCUUUCCUAUUACUAUCAAUGCGGCUAAUGGAUCUGGUAUGUCUGUUGUAUCUGUUGGGUCUGUCCUACCGUCUGCUAUGUCUGUUGUCUCUAUUCCACCUGUCAUUUAUGUUCCUCAAUUAUCUGAUCGAAUGUCUAAACAGCAGAUUGGGACCAGCCGUAGAAUUGGAGACCUCUAUGUGGUGGAGAGCUUGCAUCUGCCUAUAGCAACCUCUUUGACUGCCUUUUCCUCUUUUCAGUUAAAUUCUCUGUCUAGUCCUUUCUACUUAUGGCAUUCUCGAUUAGGACAUUUGUCUGCUGACUGCUUACGGUCUUUAGCUCAGUCAGUUUAUCUAACUGUCACUCGUCCUGACCUUGCUUAUGCUGUUCAUGUGGUUAGUCAGUUUGUUUCUGCUUCUCGCUCUACCCAUUGGGCUGCUUUAGUUCGCGUUCUUCACUAUCUCAGGGGUACUAUCUUUCAGGGCUUAUUAUUAUCCUCUACUUCCUCUUUGGACUUGGUAGCCUAUGCUGACUCUGAUUGGGCUGGUGAUGAAUCUUACAGCAACAUCCUUAAUUUCAUGUCUAGAUUGGAUCUGCCACAUAACAAACUAAUAAGUAACAUACCUUUUGAAUUAGGAAAUCUAAGUAAUGUUCAUGCACUGAACUUGUCUCACAAUCUGUUGACUAGACCCAUCCCGAAGACCUUCUCAAACCUUACCCAAGUAGAGAGUUUGGACCUUUCUUACAACAGUUUGAGCGGCAACAUCCCAACAAAACUAAUCAAUCUAAAUUUUUUGGAAGUGUUCACUGUGGCUCACAACAAUUUAUCAGGUAAAAUAUUAGACAGGAAAGCACAAUUUGGGACCUUUGAAGCGAGCAGUUAUGAGGGAAAUCCAUUUCUUUGUGGACAGCCAUUAGAGAAAAUUUGUACAGCCAUUGUUGACUCACCACACUUGCCAACAACAGUAUCCUUAGAUGAAAUUGAGGGGAAAUGGUAUGAUAUCGAUCUAGUGGCAUUUUUUGCAAGUUUUGUCGGAACAUACAUCACUUUCUUGUUUGGAUUUGCUGCUAUUCUUUACAUCAACCCGUAUUGGAGACAAAGGUGAUUCUAUCUGAUUGAGGAGGGUAUGUAUUCUAGUUACUAUUUUGUUUCUAAUUCUCUUUGCAAGAUAUUACUCCUUUUGUAUUAGUAGCUAUGGUUUGUUUCCAUGGACAAGUAUAGCAAAUGUUGUUUUCUGAUUCGUUUUACAAGCUAUUAGGCCUUUUGUAUUAUAUUAGCUAUGAUCUGUUUCCAUGGACAAGUAUGGCAAAUGUUGUAAUAGUGCUAGCUUGUGUUGCUUAUGAAUGAAUAAAUGGAGACAC